AUGUUUAUAUCGGGCUGGCUCUUCUCUAUCCUUCUCAUUGCACAACUUUUUCUUUCCGGAUCAGCUCAAACAUGCUACUGGCCUGACAACUCGGUUGCUGAGACCUUGACGCCUUGCAAUAGUGCGGCAACCAACAGUCACUGUUGUGGUCCCUAUGCGUUGUGCUUGGACAAUGGUUACUGCUUCAAUCAAGGAAACGAAUACGGCAACAGGUUAUCCCGCAGUGGAUGUACCGACAAGACGUGGAACAGUGAUGCCUGUCCAAAAUACUGCCAAACAUUUGUACCGAAUGGCGCCAUCUCAAUCUCCAUUAUCUCAGAGAGUGGUACAGGGCUCUUUUGCUGUGGCAUGGGUUGGAAUGCUACAUCGGGACUUUGUCUCUCCGAGUCGGGAAGUGGCAAUUUCAAUCCCUUUUCCAUUGGAAUUGGCGUUGUUGUUCUGGAUAGAACGACUGGAGCCACGACUCUAAACAUCUCGACUGCGGAGACCACGGCGUCAGAAAAUCCAGAGAGCAACAGCACAAGUGCCACAACAUCAAAGCCUGAUAAUGAUGAUCAUACAACGAACACCACGCUGACCGCUAUAGGUAGUGGAGUGGCCGUUUCAGCUGGCAUUCUGCUCAUCUGCGCAGCUGUGGUCUUCCUCUGGCGACUCGGGAAACGCCGAGCACACGUGUCGUUCCAAAAGUUCGACUCCAAGAAUAGUAACCCGCCGACCCCUUAUAGCCUGGCAAGCUCCUAUACCCCACCGACGCCUCAGAAGUACACGGAACAUGUGGAGCUGGAGCACUCGCCUCGUCAUUUUCAAGGACUAGGAAUACAAGAGUUGGAAGGGCAUCGGUAG